GAAAAUUAUUGUAUCAAUAUUAUUAUAUUUUCAGACAAAAGUUUAUAAAAUCUCAGUUUUGAUUUAUUUUAAGUUCCAGUUCUAAAUUAUAUUUAAUUUAGUAAGAUCAUUUUUGUAGAAAAAUAUUUUAAUUAUUUACGUCGCAGUUUUAGUUCUGAACGAUUACGUCAUUACGUCACAAAUAUCAACAAAAAAGGCUAGGUACCUAGUACCUACAUACUCUACCUUUUACCCGUAAUUUCGAUACAUUUUAUAAAACAUCUUUUUUGUUAUGUGUAGCAAAAUUAUUCUUUGUAGAAAAUUAAACUUUAGGUGUUAAUGAAUAUGUCUGCUGACAAUAUCAUUUUGAACACUUGUGAAUAUACUCCCGUUUACUUCAUCGAAAAUCCUGGUGUGAGUCAGGCAAGAUCUUACGUUUUAGCACCCAACAUCCAAAGUGCAGAUAAACCUGUGAGCGAGAGUUUGAAAAGAUUUUAUGAAAGUAGCGGUAAUCUGGAAUCUAACCUAACAAUCACCGAUAACACAAUAAAACCAAGAACGUUAAAGAAAAACGACACCAGUGUCGUUGGAAAUAACCUGAAGCUCGCUAGUUUCCUCUUACCAAAAUGUGAAACCAAAAAUGAAAUCAGCAAACCAGUAAUAACUCCAGUGAACAGUGUUGUUUUAAAACCAGUGUAUAUUGCUAACAACAUCAGUGUUAAUAAUAAUUUAAACAAUCCAAAACAAGCGCCUAAGAUAGAUGUAAACAGUAGACUUGUUAAACUCAAAGAUUUACCCAAUAUUGUGCGAUCUCAGAAUGGAAAAAUAUUGCCAAAGAAUAAACCAAAAGAAAACUCACCUUCCUGUAAGCGGAAACAAACAGCAGCACCGACUUUACCGGUAGCAGUGCCACCCGUGCAGUUAGUCAAGUUUGGUGAGACAUACCACAGUCUCAACCAACUAAGCACGGAUCAGAUGAAGCUAGUGAAUAAUGCACUAAGAAUGUUCAACACUCAGAGAAAUCCACCGGAACCUGCGUAUGAUCCAGCCACCAAUACUAAGUUUAUUUAUAAAGUUAUUUCGCAUAAGGAUUUUGCUGAGCAAAAUAAAGUGGCUAAGCAAAUCAGUGCAGAAAUAAAAAGAGAACCGAUCAAACUAGAAAAACCUGACAUUGAAGAUGAAGAAGAAGAAGAAGAAGAAGAACAAAAAAUUAUUACAGAGGCAAAAGUGACUCGCAGUGGUCGAGUUGUAAAGCUGCCAAAAAACAUUAUUGAAGAUUCUCCCUCCAAACCCAAGAAACGCCCCACUGCUUUAGCAGCAUGUCAACAAUGCAACUCUAAAUUCAGCAGUCCUCAACGUCUUCUCAAACAUUACGAAAACCAUCCAACUCACACACCGAGUAACUUCCACAACAACCUGUUCCACUGCCUCAUAGCGAUGGUCACAGCUGGCCCGGAGGCAGAGCGAGCUAAUAUACUGCUGCAACAAUUGCAGCUGCUGAUAGACCGGCUGCAGGCUUGUGUGCCGUGCUUGCUGAAGAAGGAUGCAGGGACGGAGACAAGUGUCAUCAGUGAUGACAUUAGCAAGUUAUUUGGAAUAAGUCCAGGCAAAUACAAUAUGAACAUGGAAGCACUCAGUUGUGAAAAAGAUAAAGAUGGUUACUGCCGGCACAACCCGCGCCCGCAAAUAACUGUCGCCGAUAAUAUCAAACCACAUGUAAAACUUGAAAAUAUCGAGAAUGGUGUCAAAGGCCCAAGUAAUAUUUUGAAAAUUAAUUUUCAAGAAAGAAGACCCAAAAUCCUUAGAAAAGUAGAUAGUAGGAAGCAGAAGCUAGAACAAAGUAGUAAUAGUGUUAAUGGGAAGAAAAUUAAGCUUUCACAAGAUAUAUCUAUAGAUAAGAAUAGUAAUAGUGUUGAAUUAGAUGAUUUAGUUGCUCUAUUAAGUGAUACAGCAAAGACUGAUGAUAAGGAAUCAAAGGUUAUAGAUAAAGUAGUAUUAAAAGAUCAAAAAGAGGAACAAAACGCAGUUGUUGUAAAAGUGGAUAAUGUGACUAAACCCCCACACAUUCAAUUCCACAGCGCACAUUUUGAUAUAAGAUCGUCGCCUAUUAAACCAUCUUCAACGGUUUUUAGAAAGUUUCAAAUAAAUCCUGAAAAGAUGACGAAAUAUAUCGAAGUCAUCCAGCCGAUACAACUUAAUCAACUAGCGCAGGAUGUUGAAAUAACACAUAAUAUAGAGAGUAGAUUAAGUAGUAUAAACUCACAAGAGAUUUUCAGUGAUACUAAUAUAAAUAUUAGUAAAGAAUCUGAGAAUUUGAAUUACACAUCUAAAAAUUGGUGUGAAGACUCAUCAAGAUUCGUGAGACCUAAUGAUUUGAAGAGUCAUACACAUAAUUUCAUGAAGCCUGAUGCAGUUAUAGAACCAGCGUUAUUACAUGUUAAAAAUGGUGUCAGAACAGCAAGUGAAUCAGUAUUAAAACAUGUUAAUAGUGAACCUAAAGUAGAAAAUGAAGUUGCUAAUCAUGAAAGUUUAUUGGACUCUAAUAUCUUUAUUGAAGACACACACAUUAAACACGACUCUCAAGUAAAUAAAGCUAUUAAUCAUAUCGGUCUUACGAAACCUUGUAUCUUAAUUGAACCACUUAUGCUUUCUCAAAAUGAUCGUGAUGCAGCAACUGAGAAGGUAUCUAAUCAGACUGAUAGUGAUGAUUUUAUGAAAUCUGAUGUACUAAUAGAGAAAGCUCUGUUGAAUAGUCAAGAAUGUAAAGUAAUAGAUGAAAUUACAAAUAGGAGUCAUGACUUUAUGAAGUCUGAUACUUUAAUAGAACAAGCUUUAACACAUAGUCAAGAUACAAAAAUAGAUAAAUUUGGUGAACAAAAAGAUAGUUUUAUAUCUUCGAAUGUCUAUUUAGAUCCAACAUUACCAUAUAGUAGUAUAAAUAAUGAAAAUAGGGUAAGUGGUGUAACUGAAAGCAACGAAAUAGAUGUAGACUUAAAUUCAAGUCAAGGUCAAUCUAUAAUGAGCUUUUUGGAGUCCCUAGACAAUGAAUUAGCCUAUACUGAUACAGAGACUGAUAGAAAUAAUGUAGAUUUUCAUUUAGAUUUAUUUUCAUUCAAUAGUUCAUAGGUUAAUUUGUAAUAAUGUAUUUACCUAAAGAACAAUUUGAAUUAAACUUAUUUUUACAAAACAUAUAUUUUGUUAUAGAAAUAUGUAUCUUUA